GGAGCCGGGUGAUGCCCGGCGGCGGCAGCAGCCAAUGCGAGCCCAGCUCGGCCUGGCAGACGUGCCAGCCGGCCAAUGGGGGCGCGCGGCGGCGGCGGCGCCCGGCCAAGGACCAUGGCGAAGACCUACGACUACCUCUUCAAGCUGCUGCUGAUCGGCGACUCCGGCGUGGGCAAGACGUGCGCGCUCUUCCGCUUCAGCGAGGACGCCUUCAACGCCACCUUCAUCUCCACCAUCGGUAUUGAUUUCAAGAUCAGAACUAUUGAGCUUGAUGGCAAGAAGAUUAAGCUGCAGAUCUGGGACACUGCUGGACAGGAACGGUUUCGGACCAUCACGACUGCUUACUACAGAGGAGCCAUGGGCAUCAUGCUGGUGUAUGACAUCACCAAUGAGAAGUCAUUUGAAAAUAUUCGGAACUGGGUUCGGAACAUUGAAGAGCACGCAUCUCCAGAUGUUGAGAAAAUGAUCCUAGGGAACAAGUGUGACAUGAACCACAAGCGCCAGGUUUCCCGAGAGCAAGGAGAGAAGCUGGCUGUUAGCUUUGGGAUCAAGUUCAUGGAGACCAGUGCAAAGGCAAACAUCAACGUAGAGAACGCAUUUUUUACUCUGGCAAGAGACAUCAAAGCAAAAAUGGACAAGAAACUGGAAGGCAACAGCCCUCAGGGCAGCAGCCAAGGUGUGAAGAUCACCCCCGACCCGCAGAAGAAAAGCAACUUUUUCCGAUGUGCCCUUCUCUAGGGGGCCCAGGCUUUCCCACAAGCCUCCACUCAGCCUCCCGGGACUGUGCCUGCUCAUGGCAAGGGGCUUCCUGUGGCUGGAUUUGACCCCUUGCCACACCCCCAGCCACGCUGCGCCCAUCUGAGCAGAACUGGGAAGGGGGCUACUUUCCGUGGCUCUCUUUUCUGCGCUGGUGGAGAAACGUGGCCUCUUCCUAUCACAUGCGUUGUUCAGUUGGGGUUUGGGCUCUGAGGGACUCCUGCCGUGUAACCUUGGAGAAGCCGCUGCCAGUCUGGGUAGACAAUACUGAGCUAAGUGGACCAAGGGUCUGACUCAGUAGGGGGCCGCUUCCUCUGUUCCUGUGAGAAAUCUGUGGAUCAAGAGAUUAGCUGGAGGAAGUUUCCUAGCAGGUUUCUCUCCCUGCCCCGUGCGUUCUCAUUCUCUCUCUCUGGUGUGUUUUGUCUUGAAUCUGGUAGAAAAAGUAAGUUAGGGAUCAGAAUAACUCUCAGUGAUUCCUCAACCAAUGAAUUCCCAAUCUGCAGAUCAUUAGGGCAUGGGACGUGGAGCUGUUUGUAGGGCUGAACUGGACGGCCAGCAAAAACAAGCACUGAUUUUUUGGUAGCAGGCACACCCCACUCUCUCUCUCUCUCACACACACACACACACACGCCCUUGCUUGUGGGGUGGGGGUCUUGCAGCUAGCUCUUCCCCUUCACGAGAAGGGCUUCUUUUUGCUCCUGGUGUGCUCUUGGCAAUCCUUGUAGUCAGUCCUGUCAGGGUAGAAAUUGCACAAUGCCUCCAAAUAAAAUAAAUCUAUUUUUUUAGAGAA